UACAACUACAGUUUCAUUUCAUGAAGCGAGAGAUUUGUAUAAUCAUCUCUCUCAUCAAAUCAAACCCCUAACCCUAAAUUCACAAAAUCAGAUCAACACUUGAAUCAUUCACUCACACUCCAAUCAACAUGAACACAUCACCCUGCAUAAAGGAAGUCGUCAGAUCGGCGCUGGUGGCGUUUGCCCCGGACGCGCCGUUCUUCGCCGCCGGAACGAUGGCCGGAGCCGUCGACAUGUCGUUCAGCUCCUCCGCAAAUCUCGAAAUCUUCGGACUCGAUUUCCAAUCCGACGAUCGGAAUCUUCCGUUAGCCGGUUCCGCACCUAGUUCCGAGCCGUUUAACCGGUUAUCGUGGGGGAAAUCGCCGUCGUCUGUCUCCGAAGAGUUCUCACUCGGUGUUGUAGCUGGUGGUCUUGUUGAUGGUAACAUUGGUAUCUGGAACCCUAGGUUACUAAUCAGCCCUGAGAAAAGUGAGAGCUCUUAUGUUCAAACCCUAUCGAGACACAAAGGGCCUGUUCGUGGUUUGGACUUUUGUUCUCUUCAUCCAAGUCAUCUUGCUUCUGGUGCCGAAGAAGGUGACAUCUGUAUAUGGGAUAUUGCUAAACCAACACAACCUACACAUUUUCCGCCUCUUAAGGGCACUGGAUCUGCUACACAGGGUGAAAUUUCAUUCGUAUCAUGGAAUAAGAAGGUUCAACCUAUCUUGGCAUCCACUUCUCUUAAUGGAACAACUGUGGUCUGGGACCUGAGGAAGCAAAAACCGAUUAUAAGUUUUUCAGACUCAGUUAGAAGACGAUGCUCGGUUUUGCAGUGGCAUCCAGAUUUUGCCACACAACUUAUUGUUGCUUCAGAUGAUGAUACAGCACCUUCUUUGAGGUUAUGGGAUAUGCGGAACACAAUGACCCCACUGCGGGAGUUGGUAGGUCACACUAAAGGUGUUGUUGCAAUGUCAUGGUGUCCUAUCGAUAGCUCCUAUUUGCUUACCUGUGGCAAAGAUAACCGCACGAUUUGCUGGGACACUAAUUCAGCUGAGAUUGUCUCUGAACUUCCAGCAGGAACCAACUGGAACUUUGAUGUGCAUUGGUAUCCAAAGAUACCAGGAGUUAUAUCAGCGUCCUCAUUUGAUGGAAAAAUUGGUGUUUAUAACAUUGAGGCUUGUGCUCGCUAUGGUGUUGACGAGAGUUACCUUGUCUCUGCACCACUAAAAGCCCCAAAAUGGUACCAGCGCAAAGCUGGAGUCACUUUUGGAUUUGGUGGCAAGCUUGUUUCAUUUCACUCAACUAGUUUGACACCUGGCCGCUCCGAGAUUAAUGUGCGAGACUUGGUUACUGAACUCAACUUAGUAAGUACAUCAUCUGAAUUCGAAGCUGCAAUGAAGAGUGGAGAUAAAUCGUCACUGCGGCUUCUAUGUGAACAAAAAUAUCAAGAAUCUGAAUCUGAAGACGAUAAAGAAACUUGGGGAUUCUUAAAAGUCAUGUUUGAAGAUGACGGAACUGCAAGAACAAAGCUUUUGAACCAUCUCGGCUUCACUUUACCAGCAGAAGUAAAUGAAACAAAUCAAACAACUGAAGAUGAUCUUUCUCAUGAUAUGAGUUCUCUCAAUCUUAAACAACAUGAAGUGAUUACCGAAGGAUUUGUUGCUGACAACGGGGAAGAUUUCUUUAACAAUCUUCCUAGCCCUAAAGUCGACACGCCUGGGUCAACAUCGGUCAACAAAUUUGGAACUGAAGGAUCUGUUGCUGAUGUGGAAGAAUCAACAAAGGAAAGUGAGUCACUAGAUGGCGUUACUGACUUUUCAUUUGACGAUGCUGUUCAACGUGCUUUGGUCGUUGGUGAUUACAAGGGAGCUGUUGCACUGUGCGUAGCUGCAAAUAAAAUGGCGGAUGCUUUAGUUAUUGCACAAGUUGGUGGUGCGUCUUUGUGGGAGACCACACGUGAUCAGUACCUUAGAAAGAAUCAUUCACCAUAUCUAAAGGUUGUUGCUGCAAUGGUGAAUAAUGAUCUUGUUAGUCUUGUAAACACGAGACCGUUAAAGUCCUGGAAGGAGACACUUGCCCUCCUUUGCACUUUUGCACAGAGGGAGGAUUGGACUUUACUAUGUGAUACUCUUGCUUCUAGACUGAUGGCUGCUGGUAACACACUGGCUGCAACCCUUUGUUAUAUAUGUGCUGGGAAUAUCGAUAAAACAGUCGAAAUUUGGUCAAAGAAUGUUACAAGUGAGCAUGAGGGGAAAUCCUAUGUUGACCUUCUUCAGGAUUUAAUGGAGAAAACUGUGGUUCUUGCGUUAGCAACCGGGCAGAAGAAAUUCAGUUCUUCUCUAUGCAAACUAGUUGAAAAGUACGCUGAAAUAUUGGCGGGUCAAGGGCUUUUAACAACAGCUAUGGAAUACCUAAAUUUAAUGGGCACUGAAGACUCGUCUCCCGAACUCGUGGUUUUGCGAGAUCGAAUUACGCUUUUAUCUGAACCAGUGAGACCAACCAGGCCUAAGGAUUCUGCCAACUCUCAGUUACCAACAGCAGCUGCAUAUGGUUUUAACCAACAGAAUUCAGUCGUUGAUCCCUCUCGAAACUAUUAUCAGGAUGAUGUUACCUAUAACCGUCAAAACUAUCAACAAACACCUGCUCCUUCAUACGCCCCUCAAUAUCAACAGCAACCGCAACAGCCUACUACUUUUAUUCCAGCCCCUGCACCUCACACUCCACCGGUCGGCUUCACUCCACAACCACCAAUUCAACCUGCUCCAAAAGUGUUUGUUCCUAGUGCCAUGCCAGUUAUGAAAAACGCUGACCAAUACCAGCAGGCCCCUAGCUUGGGUUCUCAGAUAUAUUCGUCUCAGGUGAAUGCUAGUUCUAAUUACCAAGUGGGACCACCAGUGGCUGGUUCACUAGGCCCUGUACCGUCUCCAAUGGUUCCUACGCCUGUGCAGAAGAUGUCACAGGGUGUGGGACCUACACCACAGGUAAGGGGAUUCAUGCCUAUGCCUAUAAGCAAUACAGGACCUCAAAGAACUAGUUCGGGUCAACAAAUGCAACCGCCCAGUCCUCCACAGCCCGCUGCACCUCCUGCUCCACCACCAACCGUACACACAGCUGAUGUAUCCAAUGUACCUGCACAUCAACGGGCGGUUAUUAGCAGUUUAACGAGACUUUUUACUGAGACAUCAGAAGCGUUGGGGGGUUCGCAUGCUGUUCCAGCUAAAAAGCGGGAAAUUGAUGACAACUCAAAGAAAUUAGGUGCAUUGUUUGUGAAACUAAACAGUGGUGAUAUAUCCAAAAACGCGUCUGAAAAGCUUGUACAACUCUGUCAAGCAUUAGAUCGUGGAGAUUUCCCUACUGCGCUUAAAAUACAGGUUGAUCUUACAACAAGUGAUUGGGACGAAUGCAGCUUCUGGUUAGCGACACUGAAACGGAUGAUCAAGAUUAGACAGACAGCAAGAUGAAUUUAGACACCGCUUCUUGUUUGUACACAACAAGUGCAUUCCCAGACUUUUUGGAUCUUAAAAUAGCAGCAGCAGGUAUAGAAGUCAGAUACUUAGGAGGAUGUGUGACCAGACCAACUUGUGUUUUGUUGUGUGGAUGAUGUUUGCCUUAAAGUUUUGAGGUUUAGUUUCUGAUGAUUACCAUUUUACAUGAGGAAAUGAAUAUGUAGGUUUUUUACUAAUAGGGAUGGUGUUAUAAUGUUGUUAUAUGGCAUUUUUACAACUUAAUGUCUUGAACCUA